AUGCCGACCGCCAAACUCGCGCCCACCGCCCUGCUCAACGACGGCACCCGCAUCCCCGUCCUCGGCCUGGGGACGUACAAGGUCCACGCAGAAGUGGGCAGAACAGGAUCGGGUCUCCACGAGGAAAUCCCAUUUGGGGUCCACGUUCGGGGACCGAGUAACGGCGAGGACGCGCAGGCCGGCGUCGGGGAGGUGGAGCAGGCCGUGCUGGACGCGCUGGACGUCGGCUACCGCCACAUCGACACCGCCCUGCUGUACGACAGCGAGGCGGAGGUCGGCCGCGCCAUCCGCACCAAGAUCGCCCAGGGCGUGGUCAAGCGCGAGGACGUGUUCGUCUGCACCAAGCUCUGGAACAAUGCGCACCGGCCGGACCUGGUUGAGCCGACGUGCCGCCAGUCGCUCGCCAACCUGGGCCUGGACUACGUGGACCUGUACCUGAUGCACUGGCCCACGGCCUUCAAGGAGGGCCCCGACUACGUGCCCACGGACGCGGACGGCAAGGUGGUGUUCAGCGACGUGGACAUCAUGGACACCUACCGCGCCAUGGAGGAGCUGGUGCGCAAGGGCCUGGUGCGCUCCAUCGGCGUGUCCAACUUCAACUCGGCGCAGCUGGAGCGCGUGCUGGACCAGUGCGCCAUCAAGCCCGUCGUCAACCAGGUGGAGUGCCACCCGCACUUCAACCAGAGCAAGCUGAUCGGGCUGUGCGCGCAGCACGGCGUGCGGGUCGUCGCCUACAGCCCCUUCGGCUCGCCGGAGUCGCCCUGGAGCGGCGGCAGGGUGGACCGCAUCCUGGACGACCCCGCCAUCGCGGCGGUCGCGCGCAAGCACGGCAAGACCCCCGGGCAGGUGGUGCUCCGCUUCCUGAUUCAAAUCAACGCCAUCCCCAUCCCCAAGUCCGUGACCAAGUCUCGCAUCCAGCAAAACUUUGAAAUCUUCGACUUCGAGCUGAACGGAGACGACAUGGAGACCUUGAACGCCCUGAACAAGGAUAGGCGCAUCUGUCUCUUCAAAGAAGGUCUUGGUCAUCCCGAGUAUCCAUUUUCGAUUGAAUACUAAAACGCAUUCAGAUCAUAAAAUUUAGUCAAGUGUAAAUUAAUUUGUUUUACCUUGCGUACCCACCGAUUUACUUGAGCGUUGGAGAGACACGCGCCGUGGAAUUUGAGGUUGGAAUGGAAAAACGAAACGAGGAGCUACUUAUAUCACAUUAAAUAUUUUUUUUAUUCA